AUGGGCAACCAGGCCCACCUCUACCCGCCUCAAUUCACCCUCCUGAAUCCAUCCAUAUGCCACCGCCGCGCUGAGCACACUGCGAUUACUGCUCUAGAAGAGGAGUUACCUCAUGACUCCAUGCGCACUGACCCUUUCCUCCAGCCGCCAUGGCAGGAGCUGCACCCAUGGGGAGCGCGAGUCACCUCGCUCAUUCUGGCUCCCACCAAGGAUGCAUCCAUGCAUCAUCCCUCUGGGUGUUCACCGAUGGCUCCAAAACCUCUCACCCGCUACCAGCCCCUCGUCAUCGUGCAGCAGGAGCAGGUGCGUGCAUCUACCAUCAUUCCACUCUAA